AUGUUUAGAGCUUCGGUAAGAAGGUUGUCAUCAUUGGCUUCCAAGAAUGAAUAUCAGCUAACGAAAUUAUCAAAUGGUCUCAGGGUUGCUACUUCAAAUGUUCCUGGCCAUUUUAGUGCAUUGGGUCUGUAUAUUGGUGCAGGAUCCCGUUUUGAAACCAAUAACCUAAAAGGCUGCACACACAUUCUGGAUCGUCUUGCUUUUCAAUCCACUACAAAUGUAGACGGUAGAACGAUGACAGAAACUCUGGAGUUAUUGGGAGGUAACUAUCAAUGUACUUCCUCGAGAGAAUCUAUGAUGUAUCAAGCCUCUGUGUUUAAUCAAGAUGUGGAUAAAAUGUUGCGAUUAAUGGCGGAAACCGUAAGAUUUCCUAACAUUACUGAAAAAGAAUUGAAUGACCAAAAACUGGCUGCACAGUAUGAAAUCGAUGAAGUUUGGAUGAAACCUGACUUGUUACUACCUGAGUUACUACACACUACUGCUUUUUCGGGUGAAACUCUUGGGUCUCCAUUAUUAUGUCCUCGUGAGGUUGUUCCAUCCAUUUCCAAAAAGUCACUUACAGAAUAUAGAGAGGGUCUGUAUACUCCUGAGAAUACAGUAGCAGCAUUUGUUGGUGUAUCUCAUGAAAAGGCACUGGAAUAUGUUUCGAAAUAUUUUAGUGAUUGGAAUUCUCAGAAACUUCCAAUUAUGCAGAAGAGAGCUCAUUACACUGGUGGAGAGACAUGCAUUCCUCCAAUAAAGCCAUUCGGAAAUUUGCCUGAAUUAUAUCAUAUCCAAAUUGCAUUUGAAGGUUUACCAAUUGACCAUCCAGACAUAUAUGCGCUUGCUACAUUACAAACACUACUUGGUGGGGGAGGGUCGUUCAGUGCUGGUGGACCAGGAAAGGGGAUGUAUUCAAGAUUAUAUUCUCAUGUCUUGAAUCAGUACUAUUUCGUUGAAAGCUGUACCUCUUUCAACCACACAUACUCCGAUUCUGGACUUUUUGGUAUCUCAUUGUCGUGUAUCCCAGAGGCUGCCCCACAAGCUGCAGAAAUUGUAGCCAUACAAUUCCACAAUAUAUUCGCCAAUAAAAAGCUCAGACCCACUGAUGAAGAAGUAUCACGAGCUAAGAAUCAGCUCAAAUCUUCUCUGCUAAUGAAUCUUGAAUCCAAAUUAGUAGAGUUAGAAGAUAUGGGAAGACAAAUUCAACUGCGUAACACUAAAGUUCCAAUCAAAGAAAUGGUCUCCAGGAUCGAGAAAUUAACCAAAGAUGACAUAAUCCGCGUUGCAGAAACGGUUGUCACCGGUAAGGUUCAAAAUCCUGGUAAAGGAACUGGCAAAGCUACUGUUGUCAUGCAAGGGAAGAGAGAUGCGUUUGGAAAAGUAACAGAUGUCUUGGAAUAUUAUGGACUGGGUUCCACUAAUUAG